AUGGCCAUACCACCGCUCCUCAUUAAGAUUGUUAACACCUUGGCCUUCGUCUUUCUCCUGGGGCUCAACACUUACGCCGGUUUCUUCGAUAAUGAUUCCCCAUAUCACGAAACCCACGUAACCUACAUUACCCCUGCAGCCUUCGUGUACUUCAUUUGGGUGCUCAUUCACUUCUUGUUAUUAGGCUUUGUCAUCUAUCAGUUCUUCCCCGCCGCCAACGAGGUAGUCGUCGAUGGAAUCCACGGACACUUCCUCAGUCUUAGUGUGUUCAAUGCCAUUUGGGUGUGGUUGUACUCAACCGAUCACACCAUCCUCGCGUUGAUUCCUCUUCUCCUCGUUUCCGGUCAGGUGUCCUACGUCUACUUCAUCAUCAAGAACAGGUACCCGGCUGCAACCUUUGGAGAGACCGUAUGGAUUCAUGCUCCAUUCUCCCUUUACCACGGAUGGAUAUUCGUGUUGACAGUCAUCGGUGUAUUCGUCGCCUUCAGUCCUGAAAAAGUCGAUGAUGAAUCGCCCAAUGUACUCACCAAGAUAUUUGUUGUCCUCGGUCUACUCUUCCUUGAGGGAACCGCCGUCGCAUACAUUGAAAAAUACAAGGGAGACAUCGCUGGUGCCAUAGUGAUUGCGUGGUCACUCUUCGGAAUUGCCGCUGAACAAGAUGAUCCGGUCAUUCACUGGGCCGCCAUCAUCUUGGCUGUGUUCACCACCAUUCACAUCUUCAAACCAUUGUUCAAGAAAUACGUCCUCAAGACACGUGAAGAACAAGCUCCAUUAAUACCUUAA